GUCACACGGUUGGAAUUUACUGCAAUAUUUAUUUUUACUCUGCAGGCAAAAUGAAACGCUAAGUAGUAUCAGAUACACAUGACGGUUGGUUUAUAAUGCAGAGAUCAAGCAGGAAUAAACCCAUUGCCAUUCGUUUAUUAAUUAUGCAAAAUUAAGACAUCGUAAUGGGCAUACCACUGAACGAUAAAAACCGCACAAUAUGUGCAGUUGGGUCAGCAGUUGUGAGUCUUUUGUGUACACUCGUAUCUAUACUGAUACUAAGUGUAGGUGCUUUUAUUCAAGUGGUUAUAGAAUCAAAAACUCAUUUUAUAGAAGGAUUGGAGACAACAGUUCUUCCUGCAUUUAUAAUGUUCAUAGGAAUUUAUGGAGUGAUUCAAAACUUGAUUUGUGCCGUAGUACAUUAUAAAAUCAGGAAGGAGGAUCGCCGAGAGCCACUCUCGAAGUUCUUACUAGCAAUAGUUAUAUCUGGUAUACUGUUGUGCACGCUAUAUUUGCUGGUAGGAAUCGUGUGUUUUGUCCAGAUCGACAGGCUAGAUAAAGCGUACGGCAAGGGGAUUCUCAAUGCGUUAAAAAAAUACAAGAAGCACAAAACGAUAAAGUAUGAAGUCGAUAUGCUGCAGAUUGUCUUCGACUGCUGCGGGAGUAAUGACUACCGGGAUUGGUUUGGUAUCAACUGGAUUGACCACAACUACAUUGUCAACAAAAAGGGAAUACAUAUGGAUUCAAAGAUUGGCUACACAAAUGAUGAUGUGCCGUUUAGUUGUUGUAGUGCUACAGCAAAUCGCCCGUGCAUUCACCACCACGUGCACGACAACCACGUGCAUUACAACUACGACUACAAGGUGGAGACGACCAUCAACCGGUUGGGGUGCAAACAGGCCCUGACGACGUAUUACGGCAAUGGUAUACUCACCUACGUCGGGAUACUCAUUUUGUCGUCAUCCUUCUUUCAGAUUCUUAUAGUUCUGGUGACACGACUCGUGCAAACGUCGUUAUUGACAGCCAUACAAGAUGGCGACUCGACCGACACAGCUGAUGGAUACUUGUUCACAUCCAAAUUUAAACGAGGUAAAAAGGGAAAAUCAAGCAAACCUUUGCUUGAAGAUAACAGCUCGGGUGAGGACUCUGAUGAGGACAUGAGCAGAGCGAGAAAGAAGACGAGCAUAGUACCUAUCUUGCCCGUAGAGCCCAUUUACGAUGAAAUAAAUGACGAACCCAUAUAUGCAAAUAUUGGAGCAGUCAACAAAGCCAGAAGAAAUAGCAGUUCAAUAAAAUCCGAACCCAUAUACGCAAAUGUUGGAGCAAUCAACAAAGCAAGAAGAAAUAGCGGUUCACUAAAAGACGAACCCAUAUACGCCAAUGUUGGAGCAAUCAGCAAAAGUAGAAGAAACAGUGAAGACAUCUACGCAAACGCCGAAGCGUUGGGCGAAUAGACCAUCAUUAGACUUACAACAAUGAGCGGUACAGGACAACGCUUGAUUGCCGCCUAAUGAAUAUUAAUCCUCAAUCUCGGUCUGAACCACACAUCUGAUAAGAUCGUUAAGUAAUGCAACAAAAAAAAAAUACAACUACGAUUUAAUAAACUCGCCAGUGUUCGUUAUUAACGCAUAUCGUCAAGUGCCUUGAUGCAAGAACAACAACAAUAACAACAACAAAAAUCGAAUUGCCAUCAUUCUAGUACAUUGAUCAUCUAACGCACAUGUAUGCGAUACUCUCUAGCCACUACAUUAUGAUUGACAGUGGGUGGAUUUUUAUAUACAUGUAUAAUAUAAACCGGUAAAAUAAAUGUAUUUAAACUGUAAAA